AUGGCUCCAGACCACUCGCAGUCCCCCAAGCGGGACGUGCACAACCCGCUGCUCUUCGAGUGCGCCUGGGAGGUCGCCAACAAGGUCGGAGGCAUCUACACCGUCAUCAAGACCAAGGCGCCCGUCACGCACCAGGAGUAUGGAGACCGCUACACGCUCAUCGGCCCGCUCUCGUACAAGACGGCGCCCAUGGAGGUCGAGGCGCUCGAGCCCGAGGACCCGCUGCUCAAGGAGACGCUCGACAGCAUGCGCGAUGCCGGCGUCAAGUUCCUCUACGGUCGCUGGCUCAUCGAGCGUGCGCCGCGCGUGCUCCUCUUUGACACCUCCAGCAUGUACCACCGCAUGGACGAGUGGAAGGGCGACCUCUGGAAUCUCGCCGGCAUCCCCACCCCGUCGCACGACCACGAGACCAACGAGACGCUCGUCUUCGGCUACCUCACCGCAUGGUUCCUCGGCGAGUACUCGAGCCGCGAGCGCAAGCGCGCCAUCAUCGCCCACUUCCACGAGUGGCAGGCGGGUCUCGCCAUCCCGCUGUGCAGGAAGCGCCACAUCGACGUGACGACCAUCUUCACCACCCACGCCACCCUCCUCGGCCGCUACCUGUGCGCAGGCAGCGUCGACUUUUACAACAACCUCCAGUACUUUGACGUCGACCACGAGGCGGGCAAGCGCGGCAUCUACCACCGCUACUGCGUCGAGCGCGCCGCCGCCCACUGCGCCGACGUCUUCACCACCGUCAGCCACAUCACCGCGUACGAGUCCGAGCAUCUGCUCAAGCGCAAGCCGGACGGCGUCUUGCCAAACGGCCUCAACGUCGUCAAGUUCUCGGCCAUGCACGAGUUCCAGAACCUCCACGCCGUCUCCAAGGCCAAGAUCAACGAGUUUGUCAAGGGCCACUUCUACGGCCACUACGACUUUGACCUCGAAAACACGCUCUACUUCUUCACCGCCGGCCGAUACGAGUACCGCAACAAGGGCGUCGACAUGUUUAUCGAGUCGCUCGCCCGACUCAACUACAAGCUGCAGAAGAGCGGCUCCAAGACCACCGUGGUGGCGUUCAUCAUCAUGCCCGCCGCCACCAACUCGUACACCAUCGAGGCGCUCAAGGGCCAGGCGGUCACCAAGCAGCUGCGCGACACGGUCGAGCAGAUCCAGGCGCGCGUCGGCGAGCGUCUCUUCGACAAGAUGGCGCGCUACCAGGGCGAGACGGGCUCCGACGUCAUCGACCCCGCCACGCUGCUGUCGGACGCCGACAAGAUCGCGCUCAAGAAGCGCAUCUUUGCGCUCAAGCGCAACUCGCUCCCGCCCGUCGUGACGCACAACAUGCAGGACGACGACAACGACCCCAUCCUCAACCAGAUCCGCCGCGUCCAGCUCUUCAACCGCACCAGCGACCGCGUCAAGGUCAUCUUCCACCCCGAGUUCCUCAACGCCAACAACCCCAUCCUCGGCCUCGACUACGAGGAGUUUGUGCGCGGCUGCCACCUGGGUGUCUUCCCCUCGUACUACGAGCCGUGGGGCUACACGCCCGCCGAGUGCACCGUCAUGGGCGUGCCGUCGAUCACCACCAACCUGUCCGGAUUCGGCUGCUUCAUGGAGGACACCAUCGAGCGCGGCGAGGACUACGGCAUCUACAUUGUCGACCGUCGCAUGAAGAGCGUCGAGGACUCGGUGAACCAGCUCACCGACCAGAUGUUCCAGUUCAGCCAAAAGACGCGCCGACAGCGUAUCAACCAGCGCAACCGUACCGAGCGUCUUUCGGAGCUGCUCGACUGGAAGAGGCUCGGUCUGGAGUAUGCCAAGGCGCGCCAGCUCGCGCUGCGCAGGGCGUACCCGGACUCGUUCGAGGAGGACGACACGAUCGAGAGCUACUUUGACGACAUCCACGGCGACGGCAAGAUGCCUCCGCCGCUCUCGAUGCCCGGCAGCCCGUCGGGCGCGGGCGCCAGGACGCCCGGCGAGUUCGGCACGCUCACCGAGGAGCUGCAGGGUCUCACCACCGCCGACUACAAGGGCCACCAGCAGUUCUGGAAGACCAUGAGCCAGCACGGCUCGGACGACGAGGAGGAGGCGUACCGCUUCCCGCUCGUCAUCAAGUCGCGCAACCGCGGCACCUCGGUGGGCAGCAUGAGCGGCGCAUCCACCCCGGGCCUCGGCGGCGGCAAGUUCCUCUCCAGCGCCGACCUGGACCGUGCCGAUGCCGCGCUCAGCAACCACGCGCCGAACGGCCAUUGA